GUAACACUAAACUCAAACGAAAUCCUACCGUCGAGCUAGACACAUAUCGUAAACAUUUGAUCCCACAACAUUACAAAUAUAAAUUCUAAGUGGCCGAAAUGGAAACCCACCAUAAAGACUCCUCGAAGCAAACAAUGGGCAGCUCUUUCUUUCACGACCUGUGGCCCCAGCUGUUGGAAGAGAAUAAGUGCCACAUUGAGAGCAAGUCAGCUGUCUUUUUUGUGCCCCGCCAACCCUUCAAUGAACUGCACUUCCACUCCUACCUGGCGGAUGCGGGGUAUCCGGACUACGUGUCGCCCCACGAGAUGCGCUGCUGCGAAGCUGCCAAGAGACAGGAAGCCGCCGAGGAGGAGGCAGAACUGGCGGCCAAUGCAGAGACCGAGGGAAGGCAGGACGCUGUCAAUGCCGAUUUCAAGCAACGCGGCUCCCAGGCCAUCCGGCGCGUGGACAAGAUGGUGGACCAUCUGCGGGAGGCGCAGGAGCGCCGCCAGAAACUGGCGUACGCGUUCGCCAACCGCAAGUAUCCCUGGACUAUGCAGACGCCCAAGCACGAGCUAAACUUCGAGAUGACUUCCGAGCAGAAAACUUGUUUCGUGCUGCCCAUGGAGAGGAAAAUCCUCGAUGAAAUUCACGACCACGGGUGCAAGCUGAUGAUCAUCGAUGUGGGCAAGGAUGUGGAAUUGAAAGAUUGCCACCGCUGGAUAAAGUUCCGGCCGUAUAUUCAAAUGUUGGCGCUGGUGCGGACCAAUCAGAUGGAGCGGUGUCUCCAGCUGCUGGGUGUGUUCCACACCCUGGUGGUGGAGGAGAGCGCCGAAAACAGCUGGCACGAUGAACUGCAUGCCUCUCUGUACUCUGGACUGAAGCAGGCCAAGAGACUGCACAUCCUCAAGGCUUGUGGCGAGCCUUUCCUGUUCAUAUUUUCGCGGUUCCGUGGGAUUUGUACCUGCGAUACCUAUGCCGUGCUCCGCCGCCUCUAGAGCUACACACAAACGCACUCGUGGAGGCGAUUCUAGGUUUCCUAAUUUGAAUCGACUCUGAUUUGAAGUGCCCCGGUUUCCUGGCAGCGUUCGCUCCAAUUAGGCGUCCCACAUAGAGUGCAGUCGGACGCACUUCCGCCCCCCAGCCAGAGCCAAAGCCGGAAGCACUUCACACCUCAAUGUUGCCGGGAAUGUGCCAGCCAGCCGUCGAGUGGUGUCAAAAUGCCUCCGUCAAACUGCCAAAGCCGGGUGCCCGGGUGCGAUUUAUAAUUUUAUUUGCCAACAAAAAAGCAGCGAACAUUUCGCGCCAAAUCUCAACAAAUUAUUACAAAGCUUUGCCAACUUGGAACUGAUUAUAAAAGUUGCGAACAACAAGA